GCAGGUGUAAUAGAUGGAUAUUGCUCUCUCGCUGGCUCGAGUCAUCACUGAACAGACGCCUUGGUGGAGCUGCGCUGCGGUCUGUUCAUUCCUUCCGCAACAUCACAAAGCUUGUCAGCAUUUUGUUAAGAUGAAAGUGCGUGUCUCUCCGGCGCUGAAGGAGCGUUGAUUACAUUUUACUCUUUUGAAUAAACAUUUUGAAAAAAAUGAAAAACGCAUCAAACCAACUGUUUGAAUGUGAAGAGGAGUACAGUUCGAAAAUAUCCCUCGCUAUAGUCUAUUCCUUAAUGUGCUUGUCCGGGACUGCUUCCAACCUCCUGGUCAUUUACCUGGUCUUGUCGUUUAAAAAACUGAGGACGGCCAGCAACGCAUUCAUUGUGAACGGAUGCCUGGCGGACCUCCUGGUGUGCGCUUUCUGGAUGUCACAUGAAGCGAUCCUGAUAUCCACAGAUAUCCCUCUCACACGGGGAUACCAUACGUUCAAAGAAGCUCUUCUCUUCCUUGGGGUUGAUGUCUCACUUCUUUCCCAUUCUUUAAUCGCUGUGAACAGGUACGUCUUAAUAACAAAAGUCCCAGCUACCUACCUGUCCAUCUAUCAAAAACGAAACACUGAAUGGAUGAUAGUGGUGUCCUGGCUGGCAGCGGUGAUCAUCCUCCUGCCGUGGCUCACAGCGGCGCGGUUCCCAGAUCCAGGAUGCGCAGCGCCACAGGUUUCUUUAGCUCCUUUCGCCAGGAGAAAAUCUAUCCUUUUAAACCCAUAUGCUGGCGGGACAUUAGCCUUAACUAUCUUGGCACAGACAAUUGUGAUUCUUUACUGUUAUUUUAAAAUAUUUCGAAAAGUGCAAAUCAGUGUGAAAAGAGUCAGCAUUUUAAAUUUUCAGAUUGUGAACAAUCUCCCUUAUUCUUUCUCACGAAAAGACAAGCGCCUGGGUUUUUACGUGCUGGCUGUAUGCUGUAUCUUUCUCCUCGCCACUCAGCCCCUGUUCUGGGUCCUAUUUCUCGGGCUCUUUGGGGCAGUCCCCAAGGUGACUCAGACGGUAUCCUGGAUGAUCUUUGCUGCUCUCUUUGUUGUGAACCCGUUUUUGUACACAUGGAAAAACGAAGAGUUUCGCAAGUCCAUCAGGUCUGUGAUGAGGCGGGAGGUAUGGAGAGGUUCCACUGUGGGUGUUGAGCCUGUGGCGAUACACACUGUCUCUCAGUCCUUUCCGAAACAAAACAACAGAGCAGCUUUCUCGGGAGAAAUUAACUGAAACUAUUUUAUAAGCACCAUUGUGAGGAUCAAAUGACACAUUUACCUGUGUAACUGUAUAACGCAGAACUAUGAAUGUAAACAAUGUUUUUUCAAAAUGUGUUACACGUUAUUUUGAACUCGAAAUUUGUUUUAUUUAGAAAAGCAAAGACGGCGUAUUCUGCUGGUACAACGAAGUCUCGAAAUUUAUUUUUGUUUCGUUAUUAUAGAUAUUUUUAAACAGUGUAACAAAUAUAAAUGUUAGAUUGCGUUUUUACCGAAACUUCGAAACAAAGUCAGAAACUCCAAUACGAGCAACUAGGUAUUAAUUCUUGUCAAAUAUGGAACUGAACUGGCGAAAGAAGGAUCACGUGGAAUUCAAAUUGCAGCACAAAUUAAUGAUCCAUCUAUUUUCUAAUAGGCUCGUGGAGGAGCCGGAGCCUAUUCCAGCAAGCAAUAGGCACAACAGAGAUACGGCCUGGCCCGCACGUCAGUCCAUCGCAGGGCACAUACAGACACAAAGACGGACACAAUCAUUGUUCUCAUAAGCCAAUUAACUUACAGUAGCAGCAUGUCUUUGUACUGUGGGAAGAAACAGUUGCAUCUAGCAAAAUCCUAUGUGAACACUCUAAGUAGAUAGGAUCCCAGGAUUUGAACCCAGGGCCCCAGCACUGUGAGAAAGCAAUGCUAAU